AUGGGGUUGUUGACUCUGCACGCAUCCUUGCAUGAGAACUUUCAUUUUACUCCCGGCUUGGCAAAUUUAUCUCAAGCUUUCCUGCAGUGGGAAAUGGAUGAAGAUCUGUCUCUUGCAUCCAGGCUUAAGCGCUGCAAUAGUGCUCUGGAAGCACAAACGCUCCACGGGAGAGUGUUGAGUGCUCACAAGGGUGAUCGAUAUCUUGCAAAUCUGGCCAUCCAGAUGCACGGCCGACGUGGCGACGUGGCUAAAGCAAGGAGCGUAUUUGACGGCAUCGCACGACCCAACGUUUUCUCGUGGAACUCGAUGCUCUUGGCAUAUGCCGCGAACGGGCAUCUAGAGGAGGCCGAGAGGAUAUUUCAAGGGACAUUGCUUAGAAACAUCAUGUCGUAUAAUUUAAUGAUGCUAGUUUACACGAAAUCUUUUUACGUCGAAAAGGCUAAAAGCAUUUUUGAUACUAUGCCCGAUCGAAACCUUGAGAGCUGGAACGCAAUGAUCAAAGCAAAUGCCGAGUGUGGGCAUUUGAUCCAAGCGAAGGAUGUGUUUGAUCGAAUGCCCGAGCGUGAUGUUAUCUCCUGGAACACGAUGAUCGCUGCUUAUGUCCGCGCCGAGAACACGCAAGAAGCCAAGGCAAUGUUUGAUGAUAUGCCCGAGAAAGGUAUCGUGACGUGGAACACAGUCUUGUCGGCGUGUAACAACGACGUGGAUGCCACGCACGCUGUCCUGCAGCAAAUGCCCGAGUGGAAUGUGGUGUCGUGGAAUACCGCGCUGACCACGUUUGCAGACAACGGGCAGCUGUUCGCCACGGUGGAUCUGUUUGAGAGGAUGCCGGAAAAGAACGCUGUGACGUGGAAUGCCAUGAUAAUGGCAUAUGCCCAUAACGGGCAUUUGGCGCUUUCCAAGGCGUUGUUUCAUAAGAUGCCCAGGCCAGACAUAGUGACGUGGAACACAAUGCUAAAGGUGUUUUCAAGUUUUGGCCACUGUAAAAACGUUUAUGACACAAUGCCGGGAUGGAAUGUGGUCUCUUGGAAUAUUAUGCUAGCCGCAUAUGCCCAGAAUGGGCAUAUACUAGAAGCAGAACCAAUGCUGGGAGCAUAUGCCUGGGCAGGGCAUGUAGAAGAAGUAAGAAUCUUCUUUGAUACAAUGCCUGAGAGAGACUCAGCAGCAUGGUCUGCAGUAAUAUCUUCAGUCUCAAAUGCUGGAAAAGUGAAGUGUGCUAUUUUUUUGAUGGUUACCAUGAAUCUGGAAGGCUUUGAUGUUGAUGAGAUUACAAUGAUAAGCAUUCUAGCAGGGUGCAGCGAGAAAGGACUGCUGGAAGAAUGCCGCUGGUAUUUGCUUGCAAUGACAAAUGACUAUGGUCUAGUGCUAAUUGAGGAGCACAUAUGGGUCAUCAUAGAUUGCUUAGAACGAUCAGAGCACAAAGAAAAAUUUCCUAAAGUAUCACCUCUUGUAUAUUCUUCAAAGAAUGUGCACUAA